AUGGCCUGGUCCUGGCGAGACGGCAACGCCGCUACCGCUCGCGAAACACCGUCCAACACAAGCCCGCAGCCUACAGCACCCUUCUUCAAGGAGAUGGCUCUUGAUACCGCCAAGUAUUGGCAGGCAAGAGCGACUAGGGUUGCAGACGGCUGGAGACGUGCCUCUUGGGAACCACUACAAGAUGCCACCACGCAGCGCUUGUUCCCGAAGACGGCAAGAUCGCUCUGCGCCGCCGGCAGCCAUCCUAACCCAUUAUUACAUGCAGCCAGAGCCGAGACGCAAGCUUGGCAGACUUUCCGGGAGGCAGGUGAGGAUUGCAUGUUCAACCGAUUUCUACCAACAAUCCCCAUCCCCUACCAACGGGAGUACGACCCAUACCUCUGGCUGCGGUUUCGCGAUCUGAUAAUGCUGGGCACGGGGAAGAAUGGCCACAAGAGACCGUCUCGGUAA